AAUUCAUAACUGUGCAUGUCAAAACUAUUUGGUCUUUCGUUAUUUAAAGCAAAGAAAUUUUGUGUUUCUCAAACUUUAUCGCACUCAUCAUCAUAAUUUUACAUUACAAGUUGGCCUCUCUUUGGAACAAUUCUACCAUUCGUUUUCCUAACUUUUCCAAUUGUGUUAUUCUGAAGACAGAAGUUUUGUAGUAUAUUUUGGACUUCUAUGUCUAUUUCAGUGGUUAAAAUUAAACUAUAAAUAUGGGUGAAAGUUACUACACCAUUCUUGGAGUCUCCGAAAAUUCAAGUCUAGAAGAAAUCAAGAAGCAAUAUCAAAAUUUGGCCCUUCAGUAUCAUCCAGACAAACUCAGUGCUGAUCAAGAAAACGACCCUGCUGUGAAGGAAAAGUUUUUAAGAAUUACGGAAGCAUGGGAGACAUUACGAGAUCCUGGAAAGAGGAGAGUUUAUGACUCCAUUUUGUUAGAAAAUGCUCUUGAUGAUAACAGUCUCAAGUUUGAUUCCGUCAGUUACCAUAGUUUAAACUUCGUAGACAGUUCUCAUUCCACUAAAUGUAAAUGCGGUGGCACCUAUGAUGUACAGAGAGAUGAUUUAGAUUUCAGUAGCUCAUCAUGUUUGUACAUACCUUGUUCAUCAUGCUCUCUCUUUAUUGAAAUCGUUAAAAAAAGUUCCUAGCACACACCAGUACAUCGAUUUCAGAAUUAAUAAUUUUGAAAUUUGGACUCACAUUUAAAGAAUACCAAGGUCCCUUUCUCACCAACAGAACUGCCCCCUUUCUACAAGUUCAAAUGAUCAUUUAGAAAGCUUUUAUUCUGCAAAUAAACAUUAUCCAGAAG